GCGAGUUAGGGUCGGUACCCCAGCCAGGCUCCCCGCGUUCUCCGGUCGUAGUAAUGUUCUCUCUAUCUUCAUAAAUUCUCUCUUGGACUUAGCCGUUUUUUUUGUGAAGUGACUGACUGUUUUUUAAUGUGAUGAAGACUUUAAAACUUACAAGUGAUUUUUAAAGUUCGAGAUGAACUAGUUCCUGCUUGCAGGCAAUAUGGGAAGAUUGGCGCCACUGGUGAUACGGUUGGCCACCGUGUCACUAGUGGCGUUUGUCCUUGCCGAACCAGGCAAUGGCGGCGACCAAUCGGUGGCGAGAGCCGACCAGUCGGUGGCGCGAGUCGACCGGGACACUGCUCUGCCAGUGCCCGGGACUGCUCCGCCGCCGCCUCGCCGCGCCGGCAAACGCGAACGCAACCGAAAACGAACCACGACCACCACCACCACGACGGUAGAUCCCGACAAACAUGACGUCGGGAACGUACCCACUACCGUCACCACGACGACCACGGCUGACCCACGGGCUAUUGAUCAUAGCCUGAAGCGUCAGCGUGCGACUGCGCCGGCGCCGUCCGGGCCGCAGCGCCGCUGGCCGGGGAAGCAGCACAAGCGACGACGCCGCCGCACUACUACUACGACGACUACAACAGAAUCGGAUGAGACAGAACCCACCACAACUCUACAGACGACCACGAUUGACCCACGGACCAUUGAUCAUACUGAAGGAGGAAGCUGCCACGUCCCUCUCGGGAUGGAAAGCGGCAUGAUUUCCAACGAAUCUCUAUCGGCAAGUUCCAGCUACGACCAAAGUGUAUCACCGUUAAGUUCACGCAUUCGCACCGAGAUCAAAGGUGGCGCAUGGUGUCCUAACGGGUUGAUCUCGCCCAAAAGCCGCCAAUUCCUCGAGAUCGACCUCCGUGACGAAUACCUGAUUACUGGCACCGAGUCUCAAGGCAGGUUCGCCAACUCCGUUGGAGUGGAAUUUGUCGAGAGCUACUCCGUAGAAUACUGGCGCACCGCCCUCAACCGCUGGAUGAAAUACAAAGAUUUCAACGGAAGCAGGCUGAUAUCUGGUAACGUGAACACCUACACCCCCCGGAAAUCGACACUGGAAGCCCCGUUCAUUGCGUCAAAAGUACGCUUUUUCCCGUACGCGGCGCAUCCUCGUACGGCUUGCAUGCGAGUGGAGCUCUAUGGUUGUAGAUGGAAACAAGACGUAAUUGCCUACUCGGCCCCGAAAGGCGGGGAUAUGCAAGCGAUGACCGGCGGAGCUCGGUUCGAAGACCUCGGCUACGACGGGAUACUCCGAGAUGGCCGCCUAAUUAAUGGCCUCGGUCAGAUGACGGACUCCUUGUUAGGACCAAACGAUUUCGAACUACCUGAUCAGUUAGACACAAGAGGAUCACGAUGGGUCGGGUGGAACAAGACCAUGUCUAUUGACGAAGAAGUUACACUAACGUUUAACUUCAGCGAGCCUCGACUGUUCUACCACAUGGACGUACAUACAAACAACAUGUUCACCAAGGACGUGCAGUUAUUCAAAGAAGCCGAGGUAUACUUCUCACUAGAGGGAGAGCGGUGGCAGGAGGACUAUGUGUCCCACGAACCGAAGCAGGACAGGGUGUCGGAGCACGCCCGGAUCGUGCACAUCGACCUGCAAAACCGCACUGCCAAGCACAUUAUGAUGAAGCUCAGGUUCCAGCAUGAGUGGAUUUUAAUCAGCGAAGUUAGCUUCAAAUCAGUUCCGACCUGGGUUAAUACCUCAGCCGAGUUUCUCGAGGAGUACUAUAGGAGUGACAUUCCUCCAUCAUCAAGAAAGAAGAGGAACUCAUCUUUGAGAGUUUCAGUGGGUCUAGCUUGCGGCGCCCUAGUGGGAGGAGGGGCGUUUAUUGCAGCAACCGUGGUCCUCCUAACCAAGAAGACCAGGCGCAGGAUACCGAACGUACUAAAGAAGCCGUUCUGUCCAUCUUUACGGCACGGGAGCUCGAGUUCUAGGAACAAUCGUAGGACUCCCAGACUUGCCCUCGCCCUAGCGAACUGUCCCCCGAUACACAUGCUAAGACCGGCGGUCGUCGAUGAAGACUACCGCGAACCAUACAACAUUUGGAGGGAGACCCUUGGCCGUCGGGACAAACGGGAGUCACAUGACCAACACGAAUACAACGAAAUCUGUGAGGACACCGAGUUCCCGAGACCCUACAUGAUGAAACGACCUGAUCCACAUGAAAGUUUCUACGCUGCCACUGAUAUAAUACACCAUACGUACCCGGAAGAACGCGCUUGCCGCCGUGAGAAGCCAGUUCCAGGCCUCUUCACAUCCAUCAAACUACCUGAAGCCGAGCCCCCAAACGGAGUGGCGCCCCUGCUGGAUUUCCCGCGGGGGCGCAUGCGGCCGAUAACGUUCCUUGGCGAGGGACCCCAUGGGAAUCUCCAGAUAUGCGAGACCGAUGGCAUCGAAGAAUUGUCCGACGAGGAGUCACCGACUGGCGGACGCCGCCGCCUCGUUGUUGUGAAGACGUUGUGGCGCGGCUGCCAUAGCGAAGUGAAAGCGGCAUUUGCUCGCGAGGCUACAUGGGGUGCAGGUUUGAAGCACCCACAGCUAGCCAGGGUGCUCGGCUUGAGUUUGCUCGAACCACCAUGCGCAGCCCUAGAUCGCGGAGAUGCCGCUCCCCUCCCUACGAUUUUGAGAUCCGAACGGAAAUUGAGUUACUCCAGCCUCAUACACGUGUGUUGCCAAAUUGCCGCCGGCAUGAAAUACCUAGAAUCCUUCGAACUAGUCCAUCGCGAUUUAGCAGCUCGUAAUGUGACCGUGACCGAAGAUCUCCAUGUAAAAGUAUCGGACUACGCUAUGUUUUGUGAAGAGUUCGUGACCGACUACCACGUUAUGGCUGACGGGUCCCGUAUACCGCUUCGCUGGAUGGCCUGGGAAAGCUUGCUGAUGGGCAUGUGCUCGCCAGCUAGCGACGUUUGGUCGUUCGGAGUAACCGUUUGGGAAGUCCUGACAUACUGCUCGGCUAAACCAUUUGAAGAAAUGAACGACGACCAGGUGGUCGCUAAUGCCAGCGAGUGGCGUUGCGGCGGUCGUGGCGCCCGCGUGCCUGCCGCGCCGCCCCCGCGCUGCCGCCGCGAGCUCUACGACCUGAUGCACGAGUGCUGGCGCCGCGAGCCCAUGCAGCGCCCCCGCUUCCACGACUUACACCGAUUCCUCGAACGAAUGACCCACGGCUACAAGCCCCCCAACAACCGCUAAACACCAACGAUUCUUCGCAAAAUGAAGCAGGUUGGCUCGAUACUCGAUUGAUAUUUAUUUGAUGUACGAUUGCAUUGCUCUAAGAUUUAUUGCAUAAAUAUUUACCCGAGCUUCGUAAAUUUCAAUAUAAUAAAUACAUGUUAAUAGGUUAAGGACACGUAGCAUAUCCACAGCUUUUAAUCGUCAUUCCUGUAUUAAUAUUUCACAGACUGCAAAUAUUAUACUAUGUAAACGGCAGUAUUAUCUAAAACAGUAUUAAAAUUAAGGCAUUUUAUUAGACUCUAAGAUUGUACGUGCUAAGUGCCGUACCGCUUUGCAAUUUUUCGUGUAUUUGUGGCACGGCCAUUUAGGUGACCGGGUCAUGAGUAGGCGGAUAUAGCGAUACCCGUAAUGGGACUUAUAUAUUCAAAGAUCUCAAAAACAGCGAUAGCACCUAUGUUAUAUAUUGGUCAUCGUUGUUUUACAACUAGGAAUAGAUUUCUGAUUGGCGCUUAAGGUAGGAACGAACAUCUUUAUGUAAUCCCAUUCUGCGUUUAGGAUACUAGCGAAUCUUUGAGUAUUGCAACGCGAAACAGAAAUUUAUUUGUAGCGAAGGUACCGAGGUGACUACCAAUAUUAUUGUUUGCUUUCAUGCCAGUCAUUUAAUCCACGGUAUGCCGGAACGCCGAUAGAUCUUCGCGAGUCUUUUCUAUUGUAACUCAUAUACCGGCAAACAAGAUGUUAAUCACUACGAUUUAAUUAAGGUAUCCUCGCAUAGUAAUGUUGGUAGGGGCGUCGUCACUGCGUAAUUUUUCACGCUGUACCCAGCGCCCUUCGCCUAGCGCUCCCAUGAUCUUCCACUAUCACCGCCUCUACGGCAAAUCCCUAAACUUCAGGUCACUACGUCAAUAUGCGAAAACACUUGUAUUUUAAUCGAAGCACUGUAAUGUAUUUACUUAUUACCAGCACUUGUCAGUCUAAGAGUUGGAAUUCGCGGGUUGUUGCUGUUUCGCGUAUUGAGGUAGAGGUCUUCUGGAUCAGAAGCUGACUGCGCGUUGAAAUUGAGUAUACUCAAUUAGGAAUCACAUAUAUAACUUGUGCCCGGUCCAUAUAAUCACCCGGGUGCAAAAUGAUUCUCUAGUGGGUUGCUAAGAACGUGGCGCGCAGACAGCCUCUGUUCUAUAGUAUAUCCAAAAUCUAACUCCUAUUUUUUUAAUCUGUUUUAAAUGUUAAGGUUGUAUACUUCGGAGGUGAUUAACCUCCAGGGCAAUAUUCGCCCCCUGUGCUUCUUGUUUUCUUGGUAACUGGCACAUGAUAUAGGUUGGAAUCACACCUGCCUCCGUAAAUAUCGAUGUAACAAAGCGAAUUUUAGAGAGAGAGAGAGUGAGAUAAUAUGUAUUUUAGUAACGUGAGCACGGUCGUGUUUCGGCCGGAAAAAGGCCAAUAAAAUUGAACGGAGAUUUUUCUAUUAUUGCUUUAAACUCAAUAUUUUCGGAUGCGGCAUGUGAUCUUAGGUCACAAGGUUUACAAAUGCCGAAUUACUAAAAUUAUUCUAGUAUCAGGUCUUGCCAUGUGCUCCCAUGAUUACAUCUCAUAGUCAUAAACAAAAGAUGUUUCAAUGUCACAGUGAAUAACGCAACCGUUUAACAUGCAUUUACCCUAUCUAUGUAAGAACUAGUAAUACCCCUUCACUUCGCCCCAAAUUCAUCGACAGCAGUACCUAUUUCUCUUUGCAUUAUUAUCGAUAGAUGUGUAUUAUAAAUACUUAAUUAAGCACUACACACUAAUAAAGUAUCGUAACACGGUUUAAAGGAUUAGGCCACAUAACUAAAUUAUUACUCACAUCGGAAAAUUCCAUUCACGAUUUCAAUUCCUAAAACUGAUUCGAAGCAAAAAGUUUGUGCAUACGGCGCGGCGUAGCACGCUCGAACCAUCAUGUAGUAAUAAAUCACUCACUCCUCCUUGCCAAGCAGUUGCCUAUUUCAGUCUAUUGGCCAUUUGAUGCGUUUCAUCUAUAAACGGACAAUCCGUCAGCUAUUUUGGAACAAGGCUACUUGCCUGAUAACUACCAAAUUAAAACAUAAAAAUUUCUCAAAAGUUCCGUACCAUAGAGCUCUAGUAGGUAAAAUAAACACCCAGAAAAACUGAUUGGUUUUCGAACUUAGAUUGUAUUAAGAAACUCCUUGGGUUGUGAAUAAAUAUAACAUUUUUUGCAUAGAAAAGGCGUUUUAGUCCUGGUAGUAAAACAUACCGAAUCGCUGUCAAAGCUGAGCCGCAACAUCUCGCGGGCUUUGGCAGCAAAUAAAUAGUUGCUAUAGGUACAGUUAGGUAGGUUUUGUAAAAAAAAAUAUAAAACUGGCUACAUUGCGACUAGACUUAAAUAAAGACAUUGCAACAUACCACAUAGUGUAGGCUAAGUUUGGUCUUUCGGUGCGGAACUUUUCAAAUACUUAAACACCCACUUGGUAAUAUCAUCUAGGUCACUAAUCAGAGCUGCGCCGCGCUGUAUGUCUUCUAACUACCAUCAUGUUAUAGUACCACAUAGUAAUGAAUACUUGCGAACCGUUUUAGGAAGGUGUUAUCGUCUAGUUUGCACUAGUUUAACACCCCGUCGCCCCCCGCUCCGCGAUACCUUGAAGGUGCCCAUUCUGCUGACAUCCUGCAAGAGGGUUAGUUUACAUAAACCUAAUGUGUUUACAUACUUCGAUGAAAAGGGGUGCUUGCUGUUCUUCAAUUAACUAUUAAGUUAUAUGUGUCUUCUUGUAAUUCCCUUGAUAUGAGCUAGUGUCGAGACAGAGAGGUAUAGAAAGUAUAAUUUUAUAGGGAUCAGUGUUGAAGACGGAUCUGCCUUCGUAGGAGGUAGAUUUUAGCUAGUCUAUAAUUAGGAUAAAUACUAGUUAGUGUUGCCACAUUAGUUAAGUUAGUUAGGAACACCGUGUUUAAUGUAACUAGUACAUUGAAGCACUCUCUUAUUAUUUCCGUAACCUUUGAUUUUACCCAGUCUUUAGUUUCUUUGGUAUUAGGUAUGAUUUGGUAGGAUUAAUUAGUAUGUAAGUAGUUAGAGUCUUGUAUUUUUAUUUUGAAGCAGUUUGCGAUAAUAUUGUUUAGCUUGCCCAAUUUAAUCUAAAAAAAAACCUUAUCGGUGCGUGUUAAUGAAUGGGUUGUCUUUCAUUGGGUUUAACUGAUUUGGUAUCUAAGUAACUAUGUAAUGCAUUUAUCUCUAUGUACUCUGCUAUAUGCCUCACACCAUGACACAAACUGUCUUCUCUGAGCACUUCCUUGACAUGUUUCCAUAUCUUCUUCGACUCAUUCAUUAACACCAUUAACCAUUUCGAUACUGAUCCCCUAAUGUAUUACCGUAAACAAUAGGAAAUUCGUUUUUAAGAAUAAUUGAAAGGCUUUGUUAUUAUAAUUUUCGUAUUUAAUUUCGAUGAACUAUGAUUUUUUCAAACGCGUGCGUUCAUAGACGAGCAAUACCCAGAUCUAUGAUAGUUGUAAGAGAGAAACAUAGUAUAUUAUAUAUUUUUUUGAAAUCCAACACGAGAUCUAAUACGUUGGUAUGUUCGGUACAUUGCAAACGCUCUGUAGAUGUAAGUUUCUCGUAGCUGUAUUAUUUCAGUGAGUCGUAGCCCGAUGAGUGUCUCCUCACUGUAGGUUAAGGUCUAGGGUAAGGAUAGUGAUGUACUGAUUACCACCACAAUUGGCAAUGACUAAGGUAUACGGUAUACGGUACGUACGAACGGGAAUACCAACUUUCAAGCGAUAUUCGUUCAUAUUACGAAUACGUACGAACUUCGUACUGUUACAAAAAUUCGAAUACGAAGAUCAGUAUGCUAUGCCGACACACGGAUUAUGACUUUAUUAAUCUCAUGGCGUUUUAUAAAAAUAUAUUGACUUAAAAUAUUUUAUGAAAGAUCAAACGCCAUACGGAUACGACUUGCGCGUGCCAUGUGUAUUUUAUGAAUAACUCCGGUUUUCUAAUGAAAAUUGGCAUGAAAAUAACUAAAUAGGUUCAUACCUAUAUACACCUACAUAUACAUAGGUAAAUUAAAUUUAUUCUAUCUAGACCUGUUAUUAUUAAACGUAAGUAACUUGAAAUUUCGAAGUUCACAUGAAAAUAGCCAAAUAUAUUAUAGCUAAGUAUUAAUUAUAUUCUUUAAAGAGUCAGAAAAAAAUGUUUGGUAUCUUUUUACUAAACAAGUGGACAAUAGACUUACACAUGGCUACGCAAAAAUACUCUAAAAGAAACAUAUCUUUUAGAGUGGACGAAAUAACAUCUUCUUCGUCCAAAAACAUGACGACCAGUGAAUCACAGUAGGAUCAUAAGUUAGGUUUAAACGUAAUUUUAGGAGACUGCAAUACAAGUCUGAUACGGUGGGUAAAAGUUAUAAGUACUAAUAAGUAGAAUAAGGAAAACGAUACGAGCUACUAUUUUGAUAAAAUGGAGAUUGAAUGUAAGGCAACGAAUGACAGUUGAUGAGUAAAAGAGAUGAUGAAAGAAAGGGACAUAAAAUUUGUAUAUAUAGAUAUAACUUUUUUAUAUUAAUUAAGUAUGUAAUAAUAAUGAUAACGAACUCAAUGUGGUUUAUAGUAGUGUGUAGUUAUAUGUUUAUUUUUGGUACGAAAGGUUGUAUGAUUGACAUGAGUGGCGGAUGGCUGACAUUGUAAUAUGUCAUGCCAUGUACGACUGUAUUGUACCCUUAAUACGAGUUUCCUUUACGUUUAAAGUGAUCGAAAUGACCGAGCGUACGGCGCUCUCAUUGGUUGAUUGUUAUAAACGUAAAGAAAACUUAUACUAACGGUAGUGUAAAUGCAUUUAUAUUUACGUUUUUAGGAUAAAUAGGGUAAGAUAGAGAUAGAUAAGGUAAAGCAAAGGAUUGAAAAAAAAGAAUGAAAAUCUGGGCUCAAUGUAUGUAGAUAAAAUGGUGGUAGAUAUAAGAAUUAUGUUUUUGUUUCGUCUGAAAAGCGAUGUACGAAUGAUGGCACUCUAUAGUGCCAUGCUAUGAAUGAGUAUGUGAGUGUCAUGGUUCCUUUAAUUUUCUUAGGAUACUUAGGAUAAUUCAUAAAAGUAAGUUAGCUGUUAGAGACCUUUGUAUAUAAUGAUAGUGAAAUAAUUCAAUCAGAUUUAAUAUACGGCCUAAUUAGUUGUGUUAGGAAACUCUGAAUUAUGUAAUACAAAAUAUACAACUCAGAGCAUCCUGACAAAGUAGUGAGUAGAAUAGAGAUGAUGAACGAAAGUUGUAUGGAAGACAGAUGGAUGAUUGCCUGCCAUGACUUCUGCCCAUUAAACUUAUAACACUUUAAAGAGCAGAAUUGAUGUUGAGUUAUGCCAUGCAUUUUUGUAAGAAAUAAGUAAGUUUAAGUAUCAAGAAGCAAUAACCCAAGUGUAACCCACCGUAAACAUCAUAAUAUUUGCCACGCGCUGCAGUCUCAUUAGUUAUUUAAAAUACAAAUAGUUAACAGAUUAGUUUUUAGGUUAACUAAUCAGAUUGGAUAUACGUACGUGCGUUUAAUAAUCUCACCAUUUAGUUAUAGAAACAGCAAUAUAAUUUAAGUGAAUUUAUAAAUGAUGGAGAACGUAUGAGUUAAGCGUAGGACAGACCGUCAACUAGCGAGUGAAUACGCGACUCAGUUUACAUUGCUGAUAUACACCAACUAUAUUCAGCGAAACAUCAUCAGCAUCAGCUUUUAAAGGUCCCCUGAUGGAUGUAACCCUCUUUCAUAGAGCGCCACAACACACGAUUCCAAGCCAUCUACAUCCAACUACCGGUUAUACUACCCUACGGCAAAUAGCCGUGUGGUUCCCGGCAGAGGAGAAUUGGGCCACUCCAUGUCAUCCUAGGAGGUCGUAAGAGGCGACUCAGGGAUUUCGGGGUUUUAUGAUCUUAACCCCAAGCUAGACUACCCAGAGAGGCCGGUGUUGGGCGCAGCAACACCAUAUAGUCUAGUUAUCUAUAGUCACCAACCAACACAACAAAGUGACUAUGCGCAAAUUCAUCAUUACCAACAUAGAAUCACAUAUGUAGAUAGUCAUAGACCUACUAAACAUUUAUCGGUUCGCUCAGAUCCUCGCUAGCUAAGAUAUGUUCUACGCUCUAGGCAUGCCAGUGUGAAGAUUUGAAUGUAACGAAUGAGUAACACCGCUUCAUACCUCAUAGUUAGUAAGUCGUAGGUUAUACGUAUUUAUAGAAAAAUACGAAAGCGCAGGAGACACGUUAGAGUGUUGGUGUGGAAGCGCCGAGUGAAUGUGAUGGUUGAUUAGUUGUAGGCACUUUAGGCAUAAUUUAAUAUAAGUGGUAUGAUAGAGGAUGAAUAAAUGACUUGAGGAAAGAAUCUGCGACAGGGAUUAGUCCAUUAGCGUAGUCUGUAAUGCUAGCUUCUAGUAAAAACAAGCAAUAAUCCGACAACCGUAGAUCAGGACCCCUUUGCGUGCCAAUUGCCGCAGGAACCUGAUAAGAAGUAGCUGAGUAGAAUAGGCGCAGCAGAGAGAAGACGAAUGAGGAAGGAAAUAAGGUCAAAAAAUAUUGUAUGCGUGACGUAUGAGAGCCUGGAAAUUAGGAAAUGCACGUAUUUAUAUUUAACAUGAUUACUGUUAACAUUUUUAGAAUAAUUAGGUCGUAAUUAGUUUUAAGUAGUGGUAGGGAAAGAGUUUCGGGCUAAAUGUGUAAAUGAGUUUAGGUAAUAAUCAUAUAGGUUAGUGAUAACGGAUAAAUAAUUGUAGUUAUAUAUGAUAGGUUUACUUACUGGUUGUGCGCGACGUAUGAAAGAUUUGAUGUAUGGGCCAAUAUACAGAAAUAAAGGCGAAAUGUAUUAAAAUAAUUAAUUAAGUGUAAAAGUUAAAAAAUGUCGUAUAUUAAAUCUGAUUGUAUGCACUAUGGGAUAAGUUAUAAUAUUAUUAUAAUAUAAUAUACAUUAUGUAAGGAUUAUUAAUUUUUUUAUGGAACGAAACAACGAAUGUUAGGAUACGGUUGAAAGAGAUAUGGGUGAAUGUGUGUAUGCUUGAAAAUCUUAUAAUAAAUAUAUAUUUAUACUUAGGAUUAAUAGAGACGGGUUAGGUAUUUUAUUACUUGAAUUCUAUCAAGCAAUAAAAACUUAAUCGUAAAGAAAAUUGUAAAUAUGUAGCAGUUUAGCUAUAGUUAGUUAUUAAUCACGGUUGAGAUCACUCCCAAACUUCCCUUGAUUAGAAUAAUGUGUGAAUGGACGAUAUGAAUGAGAAACAAAAUUUUAGAUUUUAAGUAGUUCAAUAAGGUAUAUGGCGACCUAGGAAGACUUGGCAGUAUAUACCACGAGACGUAAGAGGGGUAUAAUAUAAUAUAUAUUUAUAUAAUUAUAUGAGAUUAGGUAUUUAUUUAUAAAAAAUAUCUAUUUACAUUUAAAAAUCUGAUUAAAAUUAAAGACACAACUAAUUUAUUUAUUUUAAACGCAGUGUAAUCUUUUUACAAUUGAACAAAAUAUUGCCAGCAGAAUUAAUGUUGUUUUUAUACAUUUAGAUGAAAAAGUAUUGAUAUGAGUCAGUGGUAUGUGUUAGUACAAGUCUCCAGUGUUGCCAUAUGUGAUGGCAGCUAAAACUUCCCGUACCUGAAUAGCUAUUACUUAGGUUAUACUAGAGAUAUGUGAUUCACCUGGUAUUUGUUUUGUGGUGGUGUUAGUACAUUGCUAGGUAGACAUUAUGUUUUGUUGAAGGGGGCUGCAAUUUACCGAAACAUUUUUAUAUGUAAAUACGCUAAAUAAAUCGUACCAAAGUAUUAUUUACUGUGUUGUAGGAAAGCUAGAAAGUUGCAAUAUUAGUAAUAGCUAGCAUAGCAUAGUAGUGAAAGUAGGUGCGUCCACCAUAAGUCGUAGUAACAUCGGAGCUGGAUACUGGCAGCGGAGCGCUGAACUGUUUGUUUAUGCUCCGAUAAUAAUUUAGUUGUAGAGGUAGCGACUGUUCUUGUGCCCGCUGCGGCCUGGGCUGUGGUCACCCAGCUCUGGUUUACCGUCGCCGUCGCGGAGCCGUGCCGCAACGUGGCAGCCCUGGCGAACCAGUGGCGCAGCCGUCGCAGCGUACGCGGGACUGCCGCACGCGUGUUGCUCGUAUGUUGUCAUGUAUGAGCCACUCCUCCAUUAGAGCCGACGCGUUUACGACUCGUCAAGGGCGGCGGUACACGAGAGCGAUAAAAGCCUCGAUUCAGACCCAAGUGACACUCUUAUAAGUUAUAACUGUACAAGGGUCCGAUGAUGUCGCAGCGGAGGGUGGAACACCACCUGCAGGACCAUCUGCCUAGAACGUCGAGCCUCUAAACUAAAUCAACAACUUGUAGCGCCCCGGUUCCGAUGAGUAGGUCUAAGUAUAAGAUAGAAUAAUUAUGCAUAAGUAGAGUAAGUAGGAUAAGUAGUAUAAGUUAGGUCUAAGUAGUAAAUAGGCGCAACAUAACUACGAAACAAGAGUAGAACGCGAAUAUUUUACGAUUUACGUCAUCAAAUCAUCGCUCGCUCUUACUUUAGAGAAGUCUGGGAACAAGAAACAAUUAUUGCAAUCAAACAAUCGUUGAUAUUACUAUAGCCCAGUACAGAACAACAUUUAUUACAAAUUAUAUUGAUAUCAUUGCAAGAAAACUGCACCGCUUAUUAAUGCUUUGGAAAUAAAAUUCAUAGAUUCGAAAAUUCUAAAAACCAGUCACAGCUUUGUCCCUGGACUGCUCGUGGGGAUAAUAUGUCAACAGUUCAAAGUUCUUUACUGAAAUCCCCAGACACUGUAAUAACGAGAUACUAAAACAUUUCCAAAUACAAUAAAUGGAUGAGUCCAAAAAACUUACCGAAUAUCCAAUUGAAAAAUAAACUAUAUCUACUUAUACCUACGUGUUAAAAUCCGAUGACAAACCAAUUUGAAAAUCCCCAAUUUACCAAAAUAGACAGUGCUGUUGGAUAAAAGUCUUGGAACAGUGACAUAUUAUCCCUAGACCAGUAUUAUGUUGCGUCAAAACGCUAGAUAGUUAAAUUUUGUUGAAAGUUGUUACGUUAGUUAUCUCAGUAAUACCAGCA